UAGUGAUUGGACACAGAAUGCAAAUGCGCUUUCUUUGUCUGUUUGCGGUUCCUUCGUGAUGAACAUUUUUCCUUGUUUAUUUUGGGUUUUCGUGGUUCUCUGUGAACAUAUUAUCUGCCGGAAGCACACAUUAAACCUUAAGAACGAUGGCAGAAAAGCAGUGUUGUGCAGUCACUUUGGAUUUGCGAAGGGUUCAUUCCUGUCGGUUUCUAUUCAGAAACUUGAGGGUGACCUGCAGCAUAUAACUUUCACUUUGGACAAGGCUGGUGAUUCAGGAGUGGCAUCCCUUAUUGAGUCCAAAUCAAAUACGUGUUUUUGGGAUAAAUCUUUCAAAUUUCUCUAUCUCUCGUUCGAUACAUCCUCCAAAUCACUUGUGGUACACAGUAAUGAUAGUCAUUACAAGGGUGUGAUUUUUGAAGCGACUGCUUUGGAAAUGGAAGAGGAUGGUGAAACUGUCAUCAGGCCCACAGGUUUACUUGACAACAUCCAGUAUGCUUUAAGGUGUUUACGUCUGGUUAGUGAUGACAGCCUCACAGUGGCAAAAGCGAUAAAUGCAAUCAUAUUAUCUGAGCCACGAUUUCUGAACAGUGUUAAAAGUAUGGUGCCUAGUGAUUUAUUUGAACAACAGUAUCUUGUCUAUCGUCUUUUGCGCCAAGUUGCUGAUUACAAAUUAAAUAUUGACAGUGAAGAACAAUUCUUUCAAGGGCUGCAACCUGGAAAUCACAUUGAACCUGGUGAUAUGAAAGAAUUGCAAAAUAUUUUUCGAAUUAUCUUAUCUCAAAUAACACCAAGUGGUUCAUUACAACGGAUCCCGUAUGAAAUGAAAGAUAAUGUGCUAAGUACAAAUUUUACUGUACGUUUCCCGAAUGUAUCCGAAGAAGGCUUAUACAGUCUUUAUUUUCAUAAUUGUGCUGAAUUAAAUGUAGAAUCUGGUAAACGACAUCUAGUCAAUUUAACAUUAAAAAUGGUUGAGAAGAAUGUGGAUAGUUAUCUAUCUGCUGGUCAACAUCCUUUGCCUAUGCUGUAUGCCAUCUCUUGUUUGGCUUACUUAGCCUUGAGUAUAUUUUGGUUUGUUUAUCUUCGUGUGUCCAAGAAUUCAGUUUUUCGAAUUCAUUAUCUUAUGUUGGCUGUUGUGCUAAUUAAAUCUCUGUCACUCGGCUUUCAUAGUAUAAACUACUAUGUGAUUGGAAAGCAUGGAGCUCAUGAAGAAAGUUGGGCAAUUAUGUAUUACAUUACUCAUAUUAUUCGAGGUGCACUCCUGUUUAUCACAAUCUUGUUGAUUGGUGCUGGUUGGGCUUUCAUUAAACACAUGUUAACACCACGUGAACGUAAUGUAUUCCUUAUUGUUAUACCUCUUCAAAUAUUAGCCAACAUUGCUACUGUAAUUAUUGAAGAGUCUGAAGCAGGUGCAGCUCGUUAUGCCACAUGGAAGGAGAUUUUCAUCUUUGUUGAUUUAGCUUGUUGUGGUGCAAUUUUAUUCCCCGUCGUCUGGUCAAUUCGACAUUUGAAGACAGCGUCACAAACUGAUGGCAAGGCAGCUAUCAAUCUUCGCAAUUUACGACUAUUUCGUCACUUUUAUAUUCUGGUGAUAUGCUACGUGUAUUUCACGCGUGUUAUUGUAUACCUGAUGACAAUUACAGUCGUUUAUUCAUAUUCAUGGCUUGUUGAAUUAUUCAAAGAGACUGUCACCUUCAUAUUCUUUAUUUCAGUCGGUUAUGAAUUUCGUCCAGUUAAUGAUAACCCGUAUUUAUUGAUCUCUGGUGAUGAGGAUGACGAAGACGAAGACACUGUGAUGGAACGUAUGCAUAUGGAAGAUGUAUGGUCACAAUCUGGUUUCACAGAUGGUGUCACACGAGUACAGCGAUCAAAAAAUUCCAAUCGUAAAACAGUUAUUCCUAUGAAAACUUAUCCUAAAAGUGAAGAUAAUAAUAAAUUACUUCAACAGGAAUUAGAAAAUGCAUAACCUGAAACUUGUGUGAUUGCGUGUGUGCGUGCGUGCGUCUGUGUUACUCCCUUUUUCAUUUCACGCUAUUAUCUAUCUUGAGGCGGAAAGUGGGAAGUUGUAUUGUGCUCACUCCCACCCUCCUCCUCCUCCCUCUUUCUUGAGUUUCACCAUACAAAACACACCUUGAUGGAUACUGAUAUUCUUAUAGUGACGAUGAUGAUUACUAUUAUCCUUGCUACUUUACUACUACCUUACAGUAAUACUAUUUCAUCAAUAUUAGUACAACUACUAAUGAUAUAAAUAUAGUGUAUAUGUAUAAAGAACUAAUCUGUAUUCAUAGCUAUACUAUUUCUCCCUCUCCCUCUUUCGCUCUGUACACAAGAAGUAAAAUCUGUACAGUCUCCAGACUCUCAUAAAUAUCGGAGGAUCUAAUGUGCCUGUUGAUUCCUUAUAAGGUUAAGAUAAGAUGAACAAGCUGUGAUAAAUAAGUUCGUUUUCUUCCAUUAGAAAUAGUCACCCGACUUUUCUGUCUCUCUCCUCCUCUCCCUCUCUGAGGUUUUGUUUUGAUUUGUUGUUAAUUUGCCUGUGUGUGUGCGUGUUUGAUGAAUUACAAAAACCUACAGUUUCCAAUCUC